AUGAUGUCAGUAAAAGAGCUGACUCGGCCUCCAGUUCAAUGUCUGGCCCUUGCACUUGUGUGCGAUGUGGCGCGAGCUGGUGACGCCGUAGGUCAAAUGGUCACAUGGCGUGCAAGCUCGGCAGCUUCCGAGAUUGUGUAUGCUAUUCUUCACAUGCUUUCAAAGGACUUGGCCUUUAAAGUAUCGCUCGCCGAUGAGUCCUAUAACCUGUACAAGAAUAUCAAGCUACCGCCACAAGACGAGACAAUCCUUGUUCUGGCGUCGCACUAUUUGACAUUGAAAUUAAACGAAACAUGGACUGAAACGAAGUCUCGGUGUCCAGACUUCUUGCCUCAGGACAAUGAGACGCUUCAAGAAUUCUUACACAUAGGACACGGUUGGUCGAAGGAAAUAAAACGAAUACAGGAAGAAGUCAUUGAGAAAAGCGAAAAAGAGAGCUGUGACGAUGAACGUUCCUUUUACGAAUUCCUUAGUCAAGUCAGAUUAAACGUAGCACUAGAUGCUUUGCGCGAAGUGCGAUGCAACGCGCUUUCGUCCGACCGCUUUCAGAUAACCCACUCACUGUUGCAUGAUGCAGUUUCGGCGGAGAAACGUAGAUCUGAACUUUCGGAACGACUCCAGUCAUCGAUAUUGAAGACAUAUUCGCCUCCUCUGGACUCGCAAAAUAAAGUUGGGCAGCAUGUUAAAGUUUUAAGUAUCGAACCAAAGAAAAAGAGAAAC